GGUGACUCAAUAGAUAUUUAUAGCAGACGACACAUACAGUGUAUGUGUGCUGGAGGGUACAUGACCUAGAUUUUCCUACCAGUACAAAUACGACAGCGCUACCUUCAAAUGCGACACUUCACGCUACAGGGCACCUAUUGUAUCGUUUUCAAGAUGGUGGCAAUCUACAUUUUCCUGAUCUGUGUGGUGUCGUCUGCUCUGGCAAAAGACCCACCAAAAUGUUGUCUCCGCGACAGUUGGCAGGCUUACGCUGUACAACCAGAAAUGCUCAGCCUAGACCCGAUGCCCUUCCUGCAAUUCUACUCCGACUUGAUCCUGAAGAAGGAAGCCCAGCAGACUUUUCAGUUAACCCCAGGGUCUGCCCCUGUCAAAAGCUACAGGAUGGUCACCGACCACAGCAAAGGAAGGACGUACAGGAUCUCUCCAGCCGGCGUGUGCACAUCCUUUCCUAACAUAGUCCCUAUGAUCCCAUGUAUACCAGAUUCUGCGACAUUCCUUGGUGAAAGCUACGUUGGUGCCCCUAAAAUUGGCGUCGCCUUCAAUGUCUGGAGAUUUUCGAUUGAACCUUACAAGCUCAACAUUACCCUGAGCGUGGCGCAAGAUUCUUGUAUCCCCAUUCUGGAGCGCAUCAGUAGUCCUAAUGUUAACAUUAGCCUGUCCUUCAGCGGAUUCUCAAGUCCUCUUUAUGACAAGUCGGUGUUUGACGUGCCAAGUGGCUGUUAGCAGGACCUGCAUGACAGUACCAAGACCUGGUCUGGCCAGGUAGCGAUUGAUUAAGACUAAAGUACUACUAAUUCAUGAGAGAUAGCUCUGCGCCUCGUUUCACAACACGGUCUGACCGCUAAGCCUAUGUAAUCGUAUGGGGGUGACAGUUAUCUAAGAUAGCUUUAUGAAAGGGCCCUGAUAGGUGUUAUAGAAUAUAUACUAGAGAUGUUUAUUAUUAUAAAUAUCCAUGGUUAUGAUGGGCAAAAGAUGUGAAUGUAUGUGUACACAUUAGUUCAUUUAUCAUAUACACAUGUCAUUGUAAAAAGUAGAUGCAUUGUACCAGAGACCAUACAAUAGUUUUAUGGUCUCUGAUUGUACUAUUGGCCUUGAUGCCUAAAUUACUGAAUAAACUGUCUCUCUGUCUGUCUGUCUGUACAAAGUGGAAAUUUCAUGAUCAUGAUAAUAAAAUAUUUACUUAA